GAUUACAAGUAUACAUGAAGCCAGUUGUAACAGUUAUCGGUAAUUCCAGUGUUAGUGUUCAUGAGGGAAAUACGACCACAUUCAUUUGUCGAGCUAUUGCUAUUCCUAGACCAAGCGUUGUAUGGACCAAUGAGAACAAUAUUCACAUUGGGAACAGAAUACAAAGCAAUGAAGUCAAUAUUGGAAAUGACACUGUACUAAGCACUUUGACAAUAUCUUCAACAGAACAGGCUGAUGAAGGUUCUUAUAAGUGUACUGGUGCUACUGAUAAUGGAACUUCAACAGUUACAUUUCAUUUGCAUAUUGAGAGUAUUCCAGAGCCUUAUCUUCAGUUGUAUUUCAUUGAUUCAAAUUCAACGUGUGCUACUGUAAUGUGGGAAGUAUUUGGUGUUCCAAACAAUGCCAAUAUUACAAUUACAUGGAGUCUUGCUGGACUGCAUAAUGAAACUGUGGGUGAAACAAUUGUCAUGCAAAGCAGUUCUUUUCUAACAAUAUUUAAUCUAUUACCAAACACGUCAUAUGUUAUUACUGCUGGUCUGCUUGGCUUAACAGACUCAAUAACGAUUAAUACAAGCAUUAUUUAUACUAGCAUCAUCACUGGAGGUAAGUUUAGUGACAUAUGA